AUGACCCUACUCCAGAAGCCGAUGCUAGCGGUGGAAGUGAUUCGCCUGAUGCUUCACAGGACGCUGGUGGUAGCAGUGAUGCUACUGAAGCUGGCGUUUCUGGGGAUUCACAGGAACACUGGUGGUGCGAGCGAUGCUACUGAAACUGGCAUUUCUGGGGAUUCGCAGGACACUGGUGGUGCCAGUGAUGCUACUCAGUCUGGCAUUUCUGGGGAUACACAAGAUACUGCUGGUGCUAGCAGUGAAUCUAGCAGUUCUGAGGGGGUUCAGGAUCACAGUGCUACUGGUUCUUCAACGGAUGCCAAUGUUCGGCCUGUUAACCCUGAUGGUCAAGUAGGUGGUACGACUACUGUAGAAGAUUAUCCAUUCCUUGAAAAGCAUGAUGACAUACAAGAUGACCCUUCUGAUGCACAGGCUCUUCCAUUCUCGCUCACUUCUGGAAUUUCUUUUGUGAUUAUACUUCAUUUGUUCUUCUUCUUCUAG